CUGCUGUCUCCUGGUACGACGAGUUCCAGAGGCUCUACGACACCAUCCCUUGCGUGGAAGUGCAGGCCCUGAAGGAGCACAACGACCAGGUUUUGCACCUCAGCUUCUCCCACUCUGGCUGUUUGUUUGCCUCCUGCUCCAAAGACUGCACCGUCAAGAUCUGGAGCAAUGAGUUGGACAUCUCCCUGCAGCACAGCUCCAACAUGAGGCCCUACAACUGGAGCUACACACAGUUCUCCCAGUUCAACUCCGAUGACUCCCUUCUCCUGGUGUCAGGUGUCUUUGUGGGGCCUCAUAACUCCUCGUCAGGAGAGAUCGCUGUAAUCAGCAUGGAGAACUUCACGCUGCUUUCCAGGGUGCGGAAUAAACCCUAUGAUGUGUUUGGCUGCUGGCUGAAUGAAACCAACUUGAUCUCUGGCAAUCUGCAUCGGAUCGGGCGCAUAACCUCCUGUUCGGUGCUGUGGCUGAACAACGCUUUCCAGGGCAUAGAGUCUGAGAACGUGAAUGUCGUGAAGAGACUGUUCAAAAUCCAGAACCUGAACGCCAGCACUAUCCGCACCGUGAUGGUGGCUGACUGCAGCCGCUACGAUUCCCCAGACCUGCUCCUGGACUACGAGGAGCAGCUAGCUGCUUCCUCCACCUGCCCAGUCUUUGAUCUUGGCAGUGACAGUGAGGAAGAGGAGGCCAAGCCCAAGCAGACUCCGGAGCCAGCAGUACAGGAAUUGCCGGACGAAGGAGGCGUGACGGCAGAGGACGGGCUGCAGCAGUUCUUUGAUGAUAUCAUGGAGGGCCGCGUGAGGCCUGCCAUGACCGACACGGAGCUGGAGACAAAGGUGGCUGAGCUGUUCCUGCGCAGCAGAACUAAACCGCCUGAGCCCAGCCUGCUCUCCACGGACAGCAACAGCAAGACAAAAUACUUGAUCUUCACCACGGGAUGCCUCACCUACUCCCCGCACCAGAUAGGGAUUAAAAGGAUCCUGCCCCACCAGAUGACCACUGCUGGGCCGGUGCUUGGGGAGGAGAGGCGCUCGGAUGAGUUCUUUGACUCGUUGGAUCAUGUCAUCGACAUCCAUGGGCACAUCAUCGGCAUGGGCCUCUCCCCUGACCACAGGUACCUGUACGUGAACAGCCGUGCUUGGCCGCGGGACUGUGUCAUCUCCGACCCAAUGCAGCCGCCCCCCAUCGCCGAGGAGAUCGAUCUGCACGUCUUCGACCUGAAGACGAUGAAGGAGGUGAAGAGAGCCCUCCGUGCGCAUCGGGCAUACACGCCCAACGAGGAGUGCUUCUUCAUCUUCCUGGACGUGAGCAGGGACUUUGUAGCAAGGUGUGUGGCGAGGGGGGCAGGCAGGAUCCUGACCCGCCACGACAACAUCUGCCGGGCCAAACUGCAGCACGACAACGUGGUCAACUCGGUGGCGUUCAGUCCGGUGGAGCAGGAGCUGCUCCUGACAGCCAGCGACGACACCACCAUCAAGGUGUGGCGCUCCCCCCGCGCGGUGCGGGGCCGGCAGGCCGGGAAGCUCAGGCCCAGGAAACUGCUCUUCUCCUGGCUCAUGAACCAGAAAAGCUGA